AUCCAUGGCCGUUUCUUCCCUCAGAAAAUCUCACCGCCUUUACUCCGGUACCUCUGUUAUCGCCGGAGAAGAAGAGAAGAACUCACCGGAAAACCGAAAUCAUGAAUUGUUACAUCCUAAGCUGCGAUUCGCAUGUCGAGCGAGCUUUAACUCACUGGAAUAAGGUGGGGAAGCCAAAGAUGAUUGUCGCUCCCAUGGUUAACCAUUCGGAGCUACCUUUCAGGAUGCUUUGCCGGAAAUACGGAGCAGAAGCUGCUUAUACGCCAAUGCUUCACUCUCGUAUCUUCAUCGAAAGCAAGAAAUAUCGUUCCCAGGAAUUCACUACCUGCCAGGAUGAUCGUCCAUUACUUGUUCAAUUUUGUGCAAAUGACCCAGCCAUUUUGUUGGAAGCAGCUCAAACUGUGGAACCAUAUUGUGAUUAUGUUGAUAUUAAUUUGGGGUGUCCAAGGCGAAUAGCCAGAACAGGUAACUAUGGAGCUUUCCUAAUGGACAAUCUCCCUCUUGUUAAAUCACUAGUAGAAAACCUUGCUCUAAACCUCAAAAUUCCAGUCUCCUGCAAAAUACGACUUUUCCCAGAUCUACCCGACACAAUAAACUACGCCAAAAUGUUACAGGACUCCGGUUGCUCCCUCUUAGCUGUCCACGGAAGAACAAGACUAGAAAAAGAUUCGCGAAAAUCAAUUGCCAACUGGUCUGCAAUCAGAGCCGUGAAAGAAGCUGUAAGGAUCCCAGUCCUGGCCAAUGGGAAUAUAAGACACAUGGACGAUAUUGACAGCUGUCUUAGAGAGACUGGUGCAGAUGGUUUGCUUUCUGCAGAGUCGCUUCUUAGAAAUCCGGCUAUGUUUGCUGGAUUUCGAUUGGCUGAAUGGGUUGUAAUGGGGAAUGAAGAGGAUGAUGGAGGGUUGUAUAAAGACGGGGGAUUGGAUCAAUGUGAUUUGUUGGUUGAGUAUUUGAAGCUUUGUGAAGAGUAUCCGGUACCAUGGAUAAUGAUACUUUCGCAUGUUCAUAAUAUGGUUGGAGAUUGGUUUGUGGAUUGUCCGGAAAUUAGAGAUGAGUUGAAUCGAAAGGCGAAGGCGAAUGGAUUGACGUUUGAGUUUUUGUAUGGUAUGGUUCAUCGGCUUAGAGAAGUUGGUUCAAGGAUACCACUUUAUGUUAAGGGAUGAGGAAGUAUGAUUGAUCAUUUGAUUUAUGCUCUCUAAUUUGAGAGUUGGUUCUCAGUUUGAAUGAGAAACCAUGAAGAUAAUUCAUUUGGAUAUUGAUUUGGAACAUAAUUUAAUUAGAUAUAUAUUUAUAAAUUUGUUCUAUUUGUAAAAAGAUUUUUUUUUUUUUGCAUUUAAGCUUUGAUUGAUAUGGUGAUACAUUUAAAUGAUAUGAUAUGUGUUUUUGUAAACAAGUUAGUUUGA